UUCUGUUUGGUUUUGAAAAUUCUGGUUAUCUGCAGCAGAAACAUGGAUAUUUUCCAGCAGGUCCUACAAAGGUCACUAGUGACACAUCUUGUGAUACAAUGUAUAGAAGAAAACAACCUAAAGAAGCUUAAAAAGUUACUGAAAGACAACCCUAUAAAUGGUCUUUAUCCCUACAGUAAAGUACAUGAUAAUGUAACCCCACUGACUGCUGCUGUGGUGAACCAUAACAUAGAGAUUUGUAAAUACCUUCUAAAAUCCAGUGCAAACCCAAAUAUAUCCUCCUCAAAUGGUUUUACACCUUUGGAUUAUGUCUCACUAGCGAAAGCUCCAAUUGGUUUUGUGGAAGAACUUCUUGAAGCAAGAGCAGAUCCAAAUGGGUGGAGUCCUGUCGAACUUCAAAUAUUUACACCACUGCAAACUGCUGCCCUUAAUGACAGAGAAGAUGUCAUCAAGAUGCUCCUCUCAGCUAAAGCAAGAGUAACAUUGUUACCAUUAACACUCCCAAACAGUCUGAACAACAAUAAAAAGAUAGCUCAGAUUAUUCAUGAUUUGGCAUCUAAAGGUAAUGGGGAUUGCUCCAAAAUCUGUUAUUUCUUGGAUGUGGCAAUCGCUGUGCCAGAGGAAACACCAGAGAAAGUUUUUCGAAUCUUUCAUGAUCACAUGUUACUGAAGGAUCCUUACAGCCAUUUGACCAUGAUUGAAGUGCUGUUCACUGUUAAUGGGCAAGGUGCAGAAGAAUACAAACGGAGAAGUAUUCAAUGGCUGAAGGAAAUCGAUCAUUUAAACAACUACAUAACAGAUGCAGUCGAUCGUUUACAACACAUCCCAAAGGUGGUAGUGAGAGGUGCAGUUGAUACGUUAAAUGCAGUUUUCUGUACAAUGGAUGACAUACCAGAUGAUCAAGCAAAGGCCAUCAUUUCCAAACUGCUGGAUCUGCUUCAGUUAAAAGAGAGACAUUCAACAUCAUGGGAUGCUAUUCUGGAAAGACAGCAAAGUAUGAAAUAUGAAACUUGGGAAGCUGUUCUCCCAACAAUUUAUGUGAUAACACAGAAAACAAAGGCCAUCGACAGCUGGGAAUCCAGGUUCAUUGAAACAUUGUGCAACACAGUUUGCCCUUUUGCUGAUGAGCAGUACACCUCUGAUAUCAGGACCUACACUUAUGGCAUAUUUGCAAACUUGCUCACAGCAAAGAUUUUUAAAUCGGGUCUGAUAACCUCAGUACCCGAGGACAUACUGACAUAUGCAGACAUGAGAAUGAAUGACAAGCUGAAAGAAGGACUGAAACGUCUGAAAAAUCAUUUGGAAAACCCGAUUUCUGAAUGUGAUGGAACCACUAUCGUUGCCAAAUCCAAAAAGAAGAAAAAGAAAAAGAAGAACAAGACAAAGAAAAAAGAAAAGGAAAACGCAAACUGUGGUGACGACGCAACUGCAGUUGAUGCAGAAACAGCUUCUUUAGUAAAAUCAGUCUCAAAUGUAAGGCUAUUUAACAACAAAGCCUCACCAAUUAGAAAAUGGCUUCCAAUCAGCAAAAGGUGGAAUGAAAAGCUUAGCAAGCUCGCUAGUAUCGAUGAAAGUGAAGUGACACGAAUACAGAGCAUUAUUUAUGUAAAUAAUGAAGAAUCUCACAUAGCAAAGGGAAGUGAUGGUACUGAAGUGUUCCUUGGACUGAGAGAUGAUGGCACAGAAGUUGCAAUCAAGAGAAUGUCUAAAAGCAACUAUAAAACUUUGAAAAACGAAGAAGGAAUCCUUCGACUGCCAGAACUAGAUCAUCACUCUAUUGUUCGAUACAUUGAUCAUGCGGAGGAUGAAAACUUUGGGUAUCUUGCCCUCCAGCUUUGCGAGUACACCUUGGAAGAACUUAUCAGUGAUGGUAGUAAUGAUCCUCUGAAGAGAAAGACACUUGCCUACGAGCUUCUUGAAAGUUUAAGAGUGCUUCACUGUCAAAAUCCUCAAAUUCUCCAUCGUGAUCUAAAGCCACAGAACGUUUUAAUCGAUGUUAAGGGGAAAUCAAGAUUGGCUGAUUUUGGGAUAAGUAGACGCUUGCCCAAAGACCAAACAACUCACCAAACAGUAAGUGCUGGAACAAAGUGCUGGAAAGCCAGAGAGACUCUAGAGGAGGGUUGCAUUGUGUCAUACAAGUCAACAACUGAUGUACAGGUGGCAGGGAUGCUGAUUUAUUAUAUCCUGUCUGGAGGAAAGCAUCCAUUCAACAUCACCAAAUCCUUUCAGUUGGAAUCCAACAUUGAUGAAGGGAAUUACAGUUUGGAUUAUGUUCAGGAUGUUGUGGCAAAAGAUCUAAUUGAAUGGAUGAUCAACAAAGAACCAACAGACAGACCGAGAGUUGAACAAUGCCUGAUUCACCCCUUCUUCUGGCCAAAUGCAAAAAAAGUUGAAUACUUGAAAAAAGUUGCUAACAGAGAGGAGGUGGCAAGGUACCAAAAUGCAGACCAGAAGUUUAUAAAUUCACUUGAAAAACAUGCAGAUCAUGGAACCUUCUCACAGUGGAAAGAAAAGUUUCCACAACAACUGGUUCAAAAGAUGGAUGGAAAGAAGAAACCCUACUCUGACAACAUUCUGGGUUUGCUGCGUUUCAUUCGCAACAUGCUUGAGCACUAUGCUGAAGAUGCUUCCAAAGUUGAUGUACUUGCAUUAUUUCCUGAUCUAUUUGGAUGCGUCUUCAAGUUUGCUAAGGGCAACGGGUGGAAUCAAGAGGUCCCAUUGAAUGAAAUGUUUCAGAGUGAAGACUCUCAUAGCAUCUUUGUGAUGCCAUCCACAAACAUCGAGGAGCACCUGUGUAUUUCUGUUCAGGAAUCUCAAUCCAAUAACUUGGAAAAAUGUUAAUUCAAAAAGGCUUAAAAGACCAAAGAAAUGACUGAAUCUUGUUCAGAUCCUUAUGGUAUACAUGUCCAAUCUGAAUGCUCAUAGUAUACUAUUUCAUUCACUUUAGUCUUUGUGGAUCAAUCUAUUACUUGAUCAGCUUUGUACCUGUUCUCACUGUUUCUGGUGUCUUUGAACAUCAAAUUUACAUGUAAGUGUUUAAAAAAAUGUUUGCUAGAAUUGACAUUCUUAAAACUGUUUUUUAUGUAUGUAGAUUUUACAAAUGAUGCUUUUUACAGAGUCUUCUUAAAAAUUUUGUUCUGAAGUUUUGACAUACAAACAGUGUUAGAAUCAGGUAAAUACCAAUAUCUAAUUUUGUGUAUCCCAACCAAUUCAGGCAAAUGUGUCAAAACAAGUAGCUCCAUUAUAAUGAGCUGUACUGGUAAAUAUCUCUUCUCCUGGGGAUUAACGUGCAGGAGCAGGUCUGUGAACACAAUACAUACGAGUCACCAUAAGGGCACGUUCACACUGCAGGUCUUGACGCUCAAUUCUCUUUCUAUAAUCAGAUUUUUUUUUGCGUCAUCGUUCACACUUCUUUUAAAAUGUUGCCUGUAUCUGACUCCAAUGUGAACUGUUUGUGGUUCCAAACUGACCCGCAUUUGCAAAUGUUGUCACGCACAGCACACUUCAGCAAACAUAGAAGAUGGUGGUUUAAAGUUUCAGCAGGUGCUGAGGAGGAAACGCGUGAAUAAAGCACAAGUGAAACUGUGACAUUCGGGUGUUUUGUGAAGCUUUUUCUGUUGAUUCAUCAGAGAAGUCUGUUUGGAUGUGGGGACAAUCCAAAUCCCAAUUUGACUUGAAAAAAGGUGUCAGUCCAUAUAUUAAUGAGGUAUAACAUCUCGCUGUCCCUCCACCGUCCAGUACAGUUGCAGCUUUCAACCAUCUUGCUAACUGCUAUCACUUCUCACCGGUGUUAAGAUGUGACAAAUGUCAAUGGAAAGUCACAUCAAAUCCACCUUGGUUGUUCCCACUGGAAUCACGUUCAAAAAAAUUAGAUACGAGACAGACUCAACCCUGGCCCAUAUCGUAUUCAAAAAUCAGAUAUGGGCCAGAUCUGACUGUUAACACUUGUUCUAAAAAGUCCGAGCUGGUCACUUGACACCAAAAAAAGUCUGAUUUGGGGUACAUUUACCUGCAGUGUGAACGGAGCCUCGUGUCUCCAUCUCCAGAUCUGUAGAGCCACAGAAGGAGGCAGAAUCUGCUACUUCACACAGCUCCUUUCAGCCUGCUUUUUUUCAAACAUAAGGUUGUUGAGGUCUGCGUUACCAUGCAUCAUUACUACAUUGUGUUUUAGUUAAGUUUUAUCUCAUGUUUGGUUUCUCUAAGCAUUAUUUUCUUUUCACCAAUUGAUUUAUCCAUAAUAUAGAAACUUUUGGGAUUAUCUUACAUUUUUAAUGCAUUGCUAAACUUGAUGUAAAGAUGACAUCUACUUUAUAGGAUUCAGUCUAUUUUUUUCUGUUCAUUAUAAGUUUGCUUAUAUAAAAUUAGGAAAGUAAAGUAAAGAUUUUGGUAUUUAUAUUUAAAGGAGAAGUUAUCCUUUUAGGGUUCUUGAAUUUGAAUAUUUGACUCAUACCAAAGCUAAAACAGACAUUUUACUUAAUCAUAAUGCAGCCAAAGAUCAAACAUUGUCUUAACUGUAUAAAAGUUUCAACAAUGAAUUGUGUAAAGUAACAGCUUUGGUGUCGAGAUAGCUUCUGAAAAUGUACCAGUUUAGCGGAUUUUAUUUAAGUAAAAUAAUUUGGGAAAAUGCAAAUAAAUGUAUUUUAUUAAUGCCAAAGGAAAAUUAAAUGCUGCAUUAAAUCUCUGCUGCUCAAUUACAGUUAUAGUAAGAGGAUCCUCAGAAUUUUGUCUGUCAUGUUUUUAAUUUCAGGAAGCAUUCGUCUUUGUACAGGCAUCUGUAGAGGCUCCAGAGGCUGUUAUAUCCGGCUCACGGAGAGGGUUCCAUACAACCAAAUGGCACUGGAACCUUUGAAACCUCGGUUCUCUAAAUCACACGUCACUCUGUGAAAUUACCACUCAGUAGUGGAAAAACACAUACUUCAUUAUUGCACAUAAGUAACCUCCUGUUAGUUGACAUCCUAGCUCUCACUGAGACCUGGAUUAAGCCCAGUAACAAUGCUACACCGGCUGCACUUUACACCAACUCCACAUUCUCCCACACGUCUUGUACAUCUAGGCAAAGUGGUGGAACUGGCCUUUUAAUUUCUAACACAUGGAAAUAUAACCAACUGCUACACGUAGCUAAAUACACCACCUUUGAAUAACAUGCCAUUCAGAUCUGCAUGGUUGUCGCACGUUUCUGUGCUCUCUUCCAUCCCUGACGAAUACUGUCCCAUAAUGGUCCUCUGUGAUAUUCAUUUCUAUCUUGACAGUCCUGACUUAUCAGUUUUUCUGUCUCUGCAUACAUUUCAGCUACAACUGGUCCACAGUCCUCAGACUAACAAAGCUGGCUAAGAUCUAAAUUUCCUUUUAACAAAAAACUGUGCUAUAGAGGCCCUCUCUGUCACACCUUUGCACUUUUCGGACCACUAUUUUAUUAACUUCAGAGCGAGUCUCCUGGGAAGAUCAACUGCCUUCACCCGCAUGGUUUCCUUCCCCACCGUAACCUGUGGCCCAUAGCUUCUCCUUCCUUGUUGCCUCUUUCUCUUCCAACCUUCAGCACAUUGUUCUCACUGGAUGUCUAUAUUGCCACAGAGUCAACAGGUCUAUUCUGUCCUCUUGUUUGGA